CAGAAAGUAUGACGCCUAAGAGGGUCUGGGUCAAAGCUAGGAAACAAAGCACAGACAACAACAAGGACAGAGUAUUGAAGAAGAUAACAAGGAGCCUGGAAAAAGGAAGGAGGGUUAUAAUGUUCACAUAAAUACUGAUCAUCAACCAUGGUCAGACUCACAGCAUCGUCAGGCCUGCUGGUGCCCAGAUCUCUUCAGUGAGUGACCUUUACACACAGAGGUCUCAAAUUGAUUUAAAGAAAAUAACAAAGGUAUUGCUUAACAUGGACUCUUCAGUGUUCGCCUGCUGCCUCCUUUUCCUGCUGUUCAGCCCAGUUGUUCCCAUGUGUAUCCCCACUGACUACACUCUGUAUGUAGAAAAGCCAGAGUGUGACUUCUGCGUGGCAAUCAAUACUACUAUUUGCAUGGGAUUCUGCUACUCAAGGGACAGCAACAUGAGGGAUAUAGUAGGUCCACGCUUCCUCAUCCAGAGAGGCUGUACCUAUGACAAGGUGGAGUACCGCACAGCCAUACUGCCUGGCUGUCCCGCUGACGCCAACCCUCUCUUCACCUACCCUGUGGCUCUCAGCUGCCAUUGUGGUGCCUGCAAAACAGACAGUGAUGAGUGUGCCCACAGGGCCAGUGGGGACGGGGCAAAGUGUACCAAGCCACUCAGACAUGUGUACCCAUACCUGGGCCAGAGCAACUACAUGAUCCCCUUUUGAUUCUUGUGCUAUUUUUGUCUACUACAUUCAAAUUACUGAGCUGAAAUGAUGUAUGAAUGUUUUAAGUGAAGCCAAAUGUUAUCAUUUACCAGAAUAAAAUGACAGCUGCACUGUCUGUGCUCUUACUCACUGAGCCAUCGUGCUGCAUUGUUCCUUUGUUACUUUAUGUGUCUGUGCUGCAGCCCUACAUCUCUGUUUACUGUGGGGGUUGAGCCUGGUAUUUUUGUCAGCCUCAUUACUUUA